AUCGAUUAAAGUUUGGAAUUAGUGAGAAUGAAAUAAUUGAACCUAAUAAUAAUGAAGUCGAAGAUGAUAAUGAAGUCGAAGAUGAUAAUGGAGUCAAAGAUAAUAAUGGAGUUAAAUAUGAUAAUGAAAUCAGAGAUAAUAAUGAUAAUAUUGGUCAAAUUGAAAUAGAUAGUAAUAUAAGCAAUCGCCUUGAUGCAGCUUUAUGCUUGUUUUAA